UGUUCAGCGAUGUAACACAUUUUUACGGUUGUGAUUUUUAUGUAAAUAGAUAUAAUUAAAAAAACUCAUCCCCGACAUAGAAUAUUUGUUAAAUAAUAAUUAAUAAGUGUGUGCUGAAAGCUCAUGUACAAGGAAAGGGAAAUAUAACAUGGCGCCAAAUAUAACAGAGGAAAGAUGUCUAGAGCCCACGGAAGGUGAAUUCGAAAAGCUAAUAGCACCUCAGGCUGCCCCUCGGAAGUUUCAAAUUGUGUAUAGGAAUAUUCUCACAUUUGGUUACGGUCAUAUCGCAGCACUAUAUGGCCUGUAUCUGGGCCUUACUGAAGCAAUGUGGAAAACUAUAUUUUUUAAUUACAUACUAUUCGUGCUGGCUGCUGUUGGUGUGACAGCGGGGGCGCAUCGACUCUGGACGCACAGAGCAUAUAAGGCAACAAUGCCUCUACAGAUUAUCCUAAUAUUCAUGAACACUCUGGCAUUCCAGAAUACAGCCAUCGACUGGAUACGAGAUCAUCGGAUGCACCAUAGAUAUAGCGACACGGACGCAGAUCCGCAUAAUGCUACUCGAGGAUUUUUCUACUCCCAUGUAGGCUGGCUUCUUGUAAAAAAGCAUGAAGAAGUGAAAAAGCGUGGCAAAUUUAUUGAUAUGAGCGACAUCUAUGCAAAUCCUGUACUAAUGUUUCAAAAAAAAUACGCCAUACCAUUUAUUGGGUCAGUAUGCUUCUUGCUCCCGACUUUAGUGCCAGUCUACUAUUGGGGUGAGAGCUUGAAUACCGCCUGGCAUAUAUGCCUCUUCAGGUAUAUCUUGAAUCUGAACACUACCUUCUUAGUUAAUAGCGCAGCUCACCUAUGGGGAUAUAAACCAUAUGAGAAAAGUAUAAAACCCGUGCAGAACACAGUAGUCACCUUCAUUGUUUUCGGAGAAGGUUUUCAUAACUACCACCACGUGUACCCUUGGGACUACCGCACAGCCGAACUUGGGAACAACCGACUGAAUUUUACAACGUUAUUUAUAGACUUCUUCGCGAAGAUAGGAUGGGCGUAUGAUUUGAAGACUGUGCCUGAAGCGAUGGUAAAAGUACGAGCGAAAAGAACUGGCGACGGUAGUGAUUUGUGGGGGAAAAUUAAGACAGUUUAGAACUAAUUCAGUUCUACAUUCUGAAGGUUACAAACGGGUGCAUUAUGAUAAUCCAGGGGUUAUAUAUAAAAAUAUAAUUUCUGUUGUAAUGUAAUUUGCAGAAUUGUUGUUUAUUAACAAUGUAUUUAUAUUCUAGUGACUA